GUUUGUUUCACUACAUCUACAAGAAAGUACGUGUAAAUUCCAGCCAGCUGGUCUGUCAAAGGGCGUUUACAACACAACUCAGUUUAUGAAGUACUCCUUCAGCCCUGACGACCCUCGUGAAGAUGGAACUGUGAAUAUGGCAACCUUCCUCCGGGGCUUUGAAGAAAAGGGGUUAAAGAGCGACAGGCCUGGGGACCAGCUCAGGAAAGAGAAGAAGAAGAUCCUCUUCUCCUUCUGUGACGUGUGCAACAUCCAGCUCAACUCUGCAGCUCAGGCUCAGGUCCACUACGAUGGCAAGUCGCAUCGGAAGCGGGUCAAGCAGCUGAGCGAUGGGCAGCCUCCACCCCCGGCCCAGGCCUCGGGGCCACUGCUGGCCAGCCCUUGCCCUGGCCCUGGCGCGAACAGCAGCACAGGCAGCGCAUGCCACGCCACCACCCUUCCUGCCCUCGUGCGCACCCCCGCCCUCAUGAUGCAGCCUUCGCUGGACAUCAAGCCGUUUAUGUCUUUCCCCGUGGACAGUACUUCUGCUGUCGGGCUCUUCCCAAAUUUUAACACGAAAAGAAGAGGCUUAUAUGGGACCAAUAAAUUCUGCCAGAUGGACCCUGUACAGAAGGCUGUCAUUAACCACACGUUUGGAGCCUCCAUUCCCCCCAAGAAGAAACAAGUUAUUUCUUGCAAUGUCUGCCAGCUUCGCUUUAACUCGGACAGCCAGGCCGAGGCCCACUACAAAGGAAGUAAACAUGCCAAGAAGGUCAAAGCACUAGAGGCAACGAAAAAUAAACCCAAAAUGGUUUCUUCCAAGGACAGCGCAAAGGCUAAUCCCAGCUGCUCCGUCAGGCCAGUCACAGGCGACAGCUCUGACAAAUCAGAAGACAAAGGGAAGCCAAAAGCCACCAGCUCCAGCCAGCCUUCAGCCUCGGAAGGAGGCUCCUUUCUCCUCAAGGCAGGCACAACAGCCCUGCCACCAGGAGCCAUCGCUUCUCCUUCCAAGAGCACAAAUGGAGCUCCCGGGUCUGUUGCUGAGUCGGAAGAAGAAAAAGCCAAGAAACUACUCUACUGCUCACUCUGCAAAGUGGCUGUGAACUCGCUGUCACAGCUGGAGGCACACAAUACAGGGUCUAAACACAAGACCAUGGUUGAGGCUCGGAAUGGAGCUGGUCCAAUUAAGUCCUACCCGAGACCGGGGUCGAGGUUAAAGAUGCAGAAUGGCAGCAAGGGUUCCGGACUACAGAACAAAACAUUUCAUUGUGAAAUCUGCGAUGUUCAUGUUAACUCUGAAAUUCAACUCAAACAGCACAUUUCAAGCCGAAGGCAUAAAGAUCGCGUGGCAGGAAAGCCGCUGAAGCCAAAAUACAGCCCCUACAACAAGCUCCACAGGAGCCCGAGCAUUUUAGCCGCGAAGCUUGCAUUCCAGAAAGAUCUGAUGAAGCCUCUGGCCCCGACCUUUCUGUCCUCCCCCCUGGCGGCUGCCGCCGUGUCCUCUGCGCUGUCCCUGCCUCCUCGGCCUUCGGCCUCCCUCUUCCAGGCCACGGCCAUCCCACCUGCACUGCUGAGGCCGGGCCACGGGCCCAUUCGGGCCACGCCUGCCUCCAUCCUCUUUGCCCCUUACUAAACACUUACAGCCCCGAGACACCACGCCAGGUCGGUGGGAAGGUGUGGAAGAAAAGCCCAAAGGAUUCAGCGAUGUAGGCCCUGUGUGUGACUGUAAGUACCCCCGCCCACCCACUUAAAAAGUGCAGGCCACCACCAGCCCCAGAGGGAGGCCAGGCUCCUCUCGGUGGCCCCCUCCAUCCUCCCCCAGCUAAUUGGUGUACUUGAGAUACUUAAGUUUCUUGAAAAUGUAUUGACCAGACAGAAAAAGAAAACCGACCUGUGUAUUCCCAUAUCCCCAUGGGCACGAUCUGGCUUAGAAAUGAAACGGAGCCUCGCCCCGGGCAGGCUUGAACAGUAGGCUUGUCCUCGGAUGUCUGUAAAUAACUCCAGAAUCCAAGCGGGCAUCUUUCCAGUGCAGAACACAAGUGCUCAGCUGUGGCCACCAUCUUCCCCCACGGAUCACGGCGUUCCUCUUUCUGGUGUACUAGUGUUCACGGGGAUUGUGUACUGUUCUAGACCCAAGUGCUGUUGUAUCCCGCGUAGUACUAGAUCGUAACUCUUGUCGAAUUGAACUCUCGUCCUUUUUUGUUGCUGUGUAACUGUUAGGAAGCGAAAUAGCUUUGAAGUUGUUUUAUUUUCUCUCUCUCUCUCUCCAAGAGAACAAAAGAAGUAUUUUCUUUAUUUCAUGUCUUGUUUGGAGAUAUUUAAACAAAAAAUAGAAAGCCAUAUAACAUAGCUAUAAUUACUACCUGUUUGCUAUUUUUUUUUUUUUUUGUUUUGUUUUAACUUAUUUUGUAGCAUCCUCACUGGUUUGAGUUGCUAAGCAAAUGUAUACGAAAACAAAAAGAGCUUCCUAAAUUGCACAUUUUUGCACCUUCUGUGCAUCUGCAAGAAGACAAUGUAUCUGUGUAUUUCUGCACAGUGAUCUUCAUUUUAACUUUCGUUUUUCAUUUGUAACAAUGCUACAUAACUCUGUGGCUCCCUGAUGCAAUAAUGUACAGAAGAUAUAUAAUUUAUAAUUGAACAAUCUGUCUUUCUGUUCAGUGACUGUGUCACAGGUCACGUGACCAUGCUCCCCCUUUCACCCCCUCCCCCAAGAAAAACAAACUGAUGUUAAAAAGACUGGAAUGUUUGUGAUAUCAGGGGCAAGAGGUAUCAUAAAACAACAUAGAGUGAACUCUUUUAGAGGGCCUAUAUCUGCAAUCUGUAAAUGGUAAAAUGUCUGUGUAUUUUUUUAAAUGUACCUUUUCAA